AUGUCUACCGGUUCCUCCACCACCACGCUGCCGCACCUGCAGGCCUUGUCGCCCGUGACGUUGACGCCGACUCGGGCCUCCAGAGCGUCUGCUCCGCUCUCGGUCUUGGAGAAGAUCGACCGCAUUGAGAUCAACCACACCACCCUGCGCGGUGGCGUCGUCUACUACGUGCUGGACGUGUUCCUGGAGCACUCGACGUCGCGCAUCCCGACCAAUAAGACGACCAAAGCCUCCUCGAGCGGCCAGCCUGACUACCAGUUGGAGCGCCGUUUCAACGACUUCGCCAACCUGCGCUACCAGGUCUGGGCGUACGCGCAGCGCAAGCACCAAAACGGUUGUGCGUGCAAGUACUGCGACGCCUUCAUGAGCUACAUCGUGCACUCGAUGUCGCAGCCGCGAUUGUUCGUCAAGAUCGCCACGGGCGUGGUCCCGCGCAAGAAGCUGAUGGCGACGUUCUGCAACGAGUUUCUCAGUAUGGCCGUCGGCGGCAAGACGGAGCCGCGGCCACGCAACAUCGCGUGCGACGGCUUCCAAGCCAUCCCGUACGUGAUGCAGCGCUUCUUCCGGAAGGAAGAGGCAUAAGCCUGCAGUCCUUGCGACCGAUCGAAGGUUGCGCUAUGUGUUUUGGCGGAGAGACCGCCCCACAUAUCUAUUCGUAUUUAUUUUCUAGGCGUGCUACCUCAAGCAACCACCGUAGAUCGCAUGAGUUCGACGGCAAACUCGUAGCGUAGUAGUACUUAGUCGACUGAAUACAGCUACAACAUCAUUUACACGAC